AUGAGCAUCACAAGUCAGAGCGUCAUGAGAUCGAGAGGCGCGACCCAAAGUACAACCAACUAUAGCACCAAGUCGGACAUGCGGCAGUCAACCGAGAGCGCAAGACCUGUGAGCUGGAUCAUGGACGAAGAAGCACACAACCGAGCGGUCAAAAGACGUAGAGCAUUACGGGAGAUAAUAGUCACCGAGUCGGACUAUGUGCUGGGAUUGAAAGCCCUUACCGAUAUCCUUCUCCUCUUUUCGACAAGACAAGAGAUUUACCGCAAUCUCCAAUUAAUCCGCGGAACACACGACGCCUUUCUGACCCGAUUACGGACCGUGACGCCCAUGUCAUGUCUCACCGGGAUGGAGCUUGGACAGUCAAUACCCAACAAGAUACCUAAACACUCCAACGCAGCCGAUUUAAGUUUCAAGGCUUUCCAGAACAUAUCGUCGGGAACUCGUAAUCCGAGCACAAGGCCGAAUCUCCGCAUCAGAGCUAUCACUGCGGAAACUAACGAGGCGCUGGAGGUCGCCCGUGAGAUUGACAAACUAUCCAUGACAUUCGAGGCAUAUAAAGACUUCUGCAGUCACUACGAGCAGCUGAUGCAAGAUAUGGACCUCUUAAGUCGCUCGGUACCCAACUGGGCCAUCCUCGACCAAGGCAUCGAAGCUCUAUCUAAGUCAGUGGCAUCGAUGGAAAGCCGGACUCUCGAGCCGAACAAAUCCAUGUCUUUGAACGAUCUUCUCAUCAAGGUCAGUCCGGAGUUACACAGUAAGUAG